GGAGCGUGCAGAUGCCACCGAGGCGCCUAGCAGAAGGGGCGCCGGCGUCGCUGGAGCUUUGUAGGAAGCCGGGUGCAGAAAGUCAGGCGCGAUGGCUAGCUCAGCCCGGGAGCAUCUGCUUUUUGUGCGGCGCCGGAACCCCCAGAUGCGCUACACGUUGAGCCCGGAGAACCUCCAGAGCCUCGAUGCCCAGAGCGCCAUGCCAGAGAACGUGACCCUCCAGCGGGCCAACAGCGACACGGACCUGGUGACUUCGGAGAGCCGCUCCAGCUUGACGGCCAGCAUGUACGAGUACACACUGGGGCAAGCCCAGCACCUCAUCAUCUUCUGGGACAUUAAAGAGGAGGUGGACCCCAGCGAUUGGAUUGGGCUUUAUCAUAUAGAUGAGAACUCUCCGGCCAACUUCUGGGAUUCCAAAAACAGGGGCGUGACUGGAACGCAAAAAGGGCAGAUUGUUUGGAGAAUUGAGCCCGGGCCCUAUUUUAUGGAGCCGGAGAUCAAAAUCUGUUUUAAAUACUACCACGGCAUCAGUGGAGCCCUGCGAGCCACGACCCCCUGCAUCACGGUGAAGAACCCCGCUGUGAUGAUGGGGGCAGAAGGCCUGGAAGGAGGUGCUUCAGGAAGUCAGCAUUCUAAGAAACUUGUUAGCUUUACACUGACAGAUCUUCGGGCAGUUGGACUAAAGAAAGGCAUGUUCUUCAACCCUGAUCCAUACCUUAAGAUGUCCAUCCAGCCAGGUAAGAAGAGCAGCUUCCCCACCUGUGCCCACCAUGGGCAGGAGAGAAGAUCCACUAUCAUCAGUAACACCACGAAUCCAAUUUGGCACCGAGAGAAAUAUUCCUUUUUCGCACUUUUGACGGAUGUCUUGGAAAUUGAAAUUAAAGACAAAUUUGCCAAGAGCCGUCCUAUCAUCAAGCGUUUCCUGGGGAAACUAACCAUCCCAGUCCAGAGGCUACUGGAACGCCCAUCCAUUGGAGACCAAAUGCUCAGCUACAACCUUGGCAGGAGGCUCCCGGCUGACCACGUGAGUGGGUACCUCCAGUUUAAAGUGGAGGUUACCUCUUCUGUCCAUGAAGACGCUUCUCCAGCAGCCGUGAGCACGAUACUUGGAGUCAAUAGCGUGAACGGAGACCUAGGAAGUCCUUCUGAUGAGGAGGAUGUGCCGGGAGCCCACCAUGACAGCCCAACAUGUUCCAAUGGGCCAGUGUCUGAGGAAAGUACUGCCGAUGGGACCCCCAAACAUUCUUUCAGGACUAGCUCCACUCUGGAAAUAGACACAGAGGAAUUAAUCUCUACUGCCUCGAGGACCUCGCCACCCAGGGGACGUCAGGAUUCACUCAACGAUUACUUAGAUGCGCUUGAACAUCAUGGCCACCCCAGGCCAGGGGCAGCUCCCUGCUCAGAGAGGGCCAUAGGAGCGUCUCCCAAACUAAGGAGCAGUUUUCCCACUGACACAAGACUUAGUGCCAUGCUUCAUAUCGACUCCGACGAAGAGGAUCAUGAGUUUCCGCAGGACCUGGGUUAUACAUCAUCCGUGGAGGAGGAAGGCGGGUUAAUCAUGGUUAGCAGGGCCUCCAGAGCGGAGGAUGGGAGCCUGGCAUCUCAGACGAAGCCGGAUGAUCAGCCAGUUGGGCAGGAAGAAACCUCCGCCAUCGAGGAGAAGCCUGAAACCCAUCCAGAGCUCGCAGGAAGCCCCUUACCCUCGGGCCCGGCCCCAGAAGACAACGACAAUGAGGCCGAGUCUCAGCCCAGCACGGAUCAGGGCAGCGGUGAGUUGUGUGCCUCUCAGGAGGUGGAUCAGCCCACCAGUGGGGCAGACACGGGCACUUCCGAGACAUCAGGAGGAAGCCAAAGAGCCACCAGUGAGACUGAGUCCCUGGAUCAGGGGUCUGAGCCUUCCCAGGUGUCCUCUGAAACGGAGCCCAGCGACCCUGCCAGGACAGAGAGUGUGAGCGAGGCCAGCACCAGGCCCGAGGGCGAGAGUGACCUGGAAGGUGCGGACAGCUCUUGCAAUGAGAGCGUCACCACGCAGCUCUCCUCUGUGGAGACGCGCUGCUCCUCUCUCGAGAGUGCUCGGUUUCCGGAAACCCCAGCCUUUUCAUCUCAGGAAGAAGAAGAUGGAGCCUGUGCAGCCGCGGAGCCCCCCAGCAGUGACCCCGCCGAAGGGUCACAGGAUUCCAUCUGCACCCCCGGUUCACUCCCGGUGGUCCAGGUGCCCAGUGGGGAGGACGAAGGACCCGGGGCGGAAUCAGCCACUUUGCGGGACCAAGAGGAGAUCGGGGAGGUCUGGCAGCGGAGGGGGAGCCUGGAGGGAGCUGCUGCUGCUGUUGCUGCCCCUGAGAACCAGCCCCAGGAAGAGGGGCCCUCUGGGAAUGCCCAAGCCACUUGUGAAGGGGCCACUGCCCAGGAGGAGGAGGAGGAGGGUGCCACAGGAGGUUCCCAAGCCAACGGCCAUCAGCCACUGAGAUCUCUGCCGUCAGUGCGCCAGGACGUGAGUCGGUACCAGAGGGUGGACGAGGCUCUCCCACCAAACUGGGAGGCACGCAUCGACAGCCACGGGAGGGUCUUCUAUGUGGACCACGUGAACAGAACCACGACGUGGCAGCGGCCCACAGCUCCCCCAGCCCCACAGAUGCUUCAGAGAUCCAGCUCCAUCCAGCAAAUGGAGCAGCUGAACCGGCGAUAUCAGAGCAUCCGCAGAACCAUGACGAACGAGCCGCCUGAGGAAAAUGCCAGUGCUCUCGAUGGGGCAGGGGAAGAGGCCGACUUUCAACAAGCCAGCGCAGAUUUCCGACGGGAGAACGUCCUGCCCCACUCUCCCUCCAGAUCCAGGCUCACGUUGCUGUUACAGUCUCCCCCGGUGAAGUUUCUCAUCAGCCCCGAGUUCUUCACCGUGCUGCAUUCUAACCCUAGUGCCUACCGCAUGUUUACAAACAACACGUGUUUGAAGCACAUGAUCACCAAAGUCCGGCGGGACACCCACCACUUUGAACGCUACCAGCAUAACCGGGACCUCGUGGGAUUCCUCAACAUGUUCGCAAACAAACAGCUGGAGCUGCCGCGGGGCUGGGAAAUGAAACAUGAUCACCAAGGCAAGGCAUUUUUUGUCGACCACAAUUCCCGUGCCACCACCUUCAUCGACCCUCGGCUCCCCCUACAGAGCAGUAGACCCACAAGCGCGCUCGUUCAUCGGCAACACUUGACCAGGCAACGCAGCCACAGUGCAGGCGAGGUAGGAGAAGACUCCCGGCACGCAGGACCACCGGUUCUUCCCAGGCCGUCGAGUACGUUCAACACAGUCAGUAGGCCACAGUACCAGGACAUGGUUCCCGUGGCUUACAAUGACAAGAUUGUUGCAUUUCUACGUCAACCCAAUAUCUUUGAAAUUCUACAGGAGCGUCAACCUGAUCUUACCAGGAACCACUCACUCAGGGAGAAGAUUCAAUUUAUCCGAACAGAAGGAACCCCAGGUUUGGUGCGCCUCUCAAGCGAUGCGGACCUCGUUAUGUUGCUGAGUUUGUUUGAGGAAGAGAUCAUGUCAUAUGUGCCUCCACAUGCCUUACUCCACCCCAGCUACUGCCAGUCCCCACGUGGCUCCCCUGUGUCCUCUCCUCAGAACUCUCCAGGUACUCAGCGUGCCAAUGCCCGAGCUCCAGCACCUUACAAGCGGGAUUUUGAAGCCAAACUAAGGAACUUCUACAGGAAGUUAGAGACUAAAGGAUAUGGACAAGGCCCAGGAAAAUUAAAGCUAAUCAUCAGAAGAGAUCACUUACUAGAAGAUGCUUUUAAUCAGAUUAUGGGCUACUCCCGAAAAGACCUGCAGAGAAAUAAGCUGUAUGUCACAUUUGUCGGAGAGGAAGGGCUGGAUUACAGCGGACCUUCCAGAGAAUUUUUCUUCCUGGUAUCCAGAGAACUUUUUAACCCUUACUAUGGCUUAUUUGAAUAUUCAGCCAAUGACACAUACACAGUACAAAUCAGCCCCAUGUCUGCUUUUGUGGACAAUCAUCAUGAGUGGUUCCGGUUCAGCGGUCGGAUCCUUGGUCUGGCGCUGAUCCACCAGUAUUUGCUGGAUGCCUUCUUCACACGGCCGUUUUAUAAGGCGCUGCUCAGGAUCCUGUGUGACCUGAGUGAUCUAGAGUAUCUUGAUGAAGAGUUCCACCAGAGCCUGCAGUGGAUGAAGGACAAUGACAUCCACGACAUCCUGGACCUCACGUUCACUGUGAAUGAAGAAGUUUUUGGGCAGAUUACCGAACGGGAACUGAAGCCCGGGGGUGCCAACAUCCCAGUCACAGAGAAGAACAAGAAGGAAUACAUCGAGAGGAUGGUGAAGUGGAGGAUUGAGAGGGGUGUGGUGCAACAAACAGAGAGCUUAGUGCGUGGCUUCUAUGAGGUGGUGGAUGCCAGACUGGUGUCUGUCUUCGAUGCAAGAGAAUUGGAACUGGUCAUUGCAGGCACUGCAGAAAUCGACUUAAGUGACUGGAGAAACAACACAGAAUAUAGAGGAGGAUACCAUGACAAUCAUAUUGUAAUUCGGUGGUUCUGGGCUGCAGUGGAAAGAUUCAACAAUGAACAACGACUAAGGUUGUUACAGUUUGUCACGGGCACAUCCAGCAUUCCCUACGAAGGAUUUGCUUCUCUCCGAGGGAGCAACGGCCCAAGAAGGUUCUGUGUGGAGAAAUGGGGGAAAAUCACCGCGCUUCCCAGGGCUCAUACUUGCUUUAACCGCCUGGACCUACCCCCUUACCCGUCCUUCUCCAUGCUUUAUGAAAAACUCUUGACCGCAGUGGAAGAGACGAGUACCUUUGGGCUCGAGUGACCGGGAAGCACAAGUUCUUCCUUAUGGACAGCAGCUCAGAGCUGCCCUCUGGCAGGAUGGCUGGACGGUGGACGUUUCAAGCGGACGAUUGCACCGAUUAAGACUGCCACUGUUUUCAAGGAUCGCGUGCUCUGUCACUUGGGGGACAGGCUAGUGGUCUUGAGUGCUCUUGGAAGGCUUUGGGUGAGCUUGAGGGUUACCCAGAGAACAACCCAACAGUCUUUCAAUCAACAAGUCUUCUUGACCGUCAAACGUUUUGCAUUUGUUCCAAGACCAAGAUGAAUCUGUACAUGAUCAGCUUCCUGGUAAUUUUCAGGACUCUGGAGAUUCUUGACACCCUUGAAUGCAGUUGAAGCCAAACUGGCAGUACUUGGCCCAAUCUCCAAAUUAAUGCAAGUUAAAUACUGUAAUAAAGAAAAACAAAUAUAUGUCCUGAAAGUACAUUCAUUUAAGCCCCAAAUUAUGAGAAUAUUCCUUCUUUUGCUUAUGAGUGCCUGCAUGGUGUGCACCAUAGAUUUCAGCUUUUAUGGGAAAUGAGUGAAAAUGAAAUCAAGUCAACAUGAAGUAACUUUAAAGAUUUGCAAUAAGGUGGUCUGUGACAAUUGAUAUGCAAGUUGUAUUGUGUAAUUAUGGCUAAAGACAAACGAUUAUGCACUGAAUUGCUAAUGAAAGAUUUUGUGCUUUACAAUGCAUGAAAACCAUCUAAAAAUAACUAGUUAUUAAUCACAGCAUAUCAGGAAAAAGUACACAGUGCGUUCUGUUUAGUUUUUAUAGCUUCAUUAUACUUAUGUUCUUUAAGACGUAUAUAAGAACCUACCUGUCACACUGUCUGUGGCAUCACCUGUUCCAUUUUCAUGCUCCAUGCUGACGUGGGCAUCAUGCUAGUGUGUGCCCUUUUAAAGACUCUCAAAGGGGGAAAAAAGGAGGGCGGUGGCUUUCAUUUUUGUAAAGGUGACACAAAAAUUUCCCCCCAAAUAAUUUGCACUGAAUGUACCAAAUUUGAGGGACAUGACAACAUGACUAACAGUACCUCCAUCACUUGACAAAUCUAACAGAAAAUAGGUUCUCAACCAGACUUCCUCCACAGUGCCAUGCCUACCACCACAGGGACUGUGCACAUAAGUCAUACAGUUUUUAAGACUCACUAUAUGUGAUAGUGUGAUGUGCAUUUGUUUAAAAUGCAUUAGACUCGCUUCCAUCCAUCAAAUACUCUACAGGAUGGCAUUUAAUACUGAUAUUUCGUCGUCGUCGUCCCCCCCCCCCCUCACUGCUUUUUAUUUGUACAGCAUCCUUACACUCGGCGCUCCAUUGGAGAGCCAUCAGCACCAUCAAGGACAUCGGCUCUCUUUAGUCAUAAGAGUUAUGUAUGUUUUCUCUUCUCAGUAUAAACAUCACACAUUGAAACUCUCAGUGCUAUAUUUCUAAUCCUGCGUUUUCACGGAUGCAUAAUUUUCUUAUCCAUAUUGAGGGACAGUUUUCUAUGCUAUCUCAGAAAUGGCAUGGCAUCACUAACUUUCUUUCUGCUGAAUUUUACCAGGAGGUGUCCUUUAGUUUAAUUGCUUCUGAAUUUACUCCACAAUAUUGCUCAUAAUGCAUCAGAUGCUCAGUAGAAUGUAGUUAAAUUGUGGGUAAUAAAAUUAUUGUAUUAAUGUUUCGUUUGUCAGCUUAUGGUUUUACAGGCAUUGUCUGGGCCUUUGAGAAUUAUAUCUAUGAGUAGCCAUGAAAUUCCUAUUAUGGGAUGUUGGCGAUCUUAUAUUGUAUAGAGGUCAUAUGCCUGGUUUGCAUAGGUGGCUUGUAAGGAUUGAUUGCUCUCCUGUUGGCUAAGCUGAAUUGGCCACGUGAGCCUCAAGAGGAAUACCACUCGUGUUACAACAUCCCUGUAGGUACUGCAAAAUGGGAAAAUGUUCUGAAAGAGAAGAUUAUAGGAACUUGGAAAUAAGAAAGGAAGGCCUUUGUACCAAAAUUGGACCUGAGAAAAGGCAAAGGGGAAAAAUUUUAAACUGGAAUGUAAGUUUGUAUGUAUUGAUCAUGAAUAUAAGUAUAUAUUUAAUUUUA